GAAAGAGAAUAUUAGUCCGCCUUCUACUACUGGUCCGGAAGCGCCUAGAGACGGAGGGUUGGUGGCCGUCUCAAAGUCAUCCACCAGUAUCGAAGCAAGAAAUGAGGAGGUCGAAACGUUGCUCACGCUCUAUGCUACAGCUUUUUUCCACGACAAACAUGAUAGAGACGAGCAAGAACACCAGGGGGUAUGCGACGCUGUACGGCAAAUGCUUGUUGACGUCGAGAGUUCUUCUUCUACUAGAGCAACUGGCACGCUUUUACAACAAAGGGAAGGGGGAGGUGAAGCGUCAACUUUGUUGUGUCCGUCUCCGACAGGUCUUGUUUCAACACAUCUUCAAGGCCAAGCACAAGAUUCACAAACAAGCGAACGAGGACGAGAAGAUCUACUACAUCAAGAAGCUCAUAUAAUACAACUACAACAGCACUGUCUUCAUGCUCUCUUUCUUGCUCGCACUAUGUUGCGGCUGUCUUGUCACACUGACUUCGUCGUGACGGCGCUAUUCCGACUUGCGGACGCACAGACUGCUGCUACAGUUCUUUACGACGGUAUACCUGAGGUCAAACCAGAUAUUCUGGUUCACCAACUUUUACCACACCUCGGAAUGGUGACGUUUCACGGUGUCUACACUUACACCACUCCUCUUAGUGGCGCUAGUAGUAGAAGUAGUAGCGCCUUUAGUGGUGCGAGUGCCUCGUCCAGUAGUACAACCAGUUGGAGUUCGACGAGUGGUGCUGUCAGUGGUCGCC